GACGAAGAGUAUACGAUGUCUGAUCCAGAAGAUGUCGAAGAGAAUUCAAAUCUUAAAUGGAUAAAAGGUAACCUUAUAGGCAUGGGUUCUUUUGGUAGUGUAUAUCUUGGACUUAAUGCUUUUACCGGAGAAUUCAUGGCAGUUAAGCAAGUGGAAUUACCUACCGCAAAUUCUUCAAAUAAUGAACGUAAAAAAUCUAUGUUGGAUGCUCUACAAAGAGAAAUUGCGCUCUUAGAAGAAUUGCAUCAUGAAAAUAUUGUGCAAUAUCUUGGUUCACAGCUUGAUGAGGGAACGGGAACAUUUAAUAUUUUCUUGGAAUAUGUGCCUGGUGGAUCAGUAGCUUCAAUGCUUAAUCUCUUUGGUCCAUUAGAAGAAAAUUUGAUUCGAUCGUAUGUUAGACAAAUUUUACAAGGAUUGAAUUAUUUGCAUGAAAAAGACAUUAUACAUAGAGAUAUUAAAGGCGCCAACAUUUUGGAGUUUAUGGCAGCAACUUCAGCACAACGGCCGUCAUUACAAGGCUCAGUGUUUUGGAUGGCACCAGAAGUUGUAAAACAAACACCUUAUACAAGUAAAGCUGAUAUAUGGAGUUUAGGAUGUCUGAUCGUUGAGAUGUUCACCGGAGAUCAUCCUUUUCCAGAGUUCAACCAGACACAAGCAAUGUUUAAGAUUGGAUUACAAUCUUGUACGCCUAAAAUUCCGGAUGCUAUUUCCACAGAGGCACAGGAUUUUUUGAGCAAAACAUUUGAACC